CUGAAAGCAGUAGAUUCAGGGUGACAAACUGUGUCACAAAAGGAAGAAAGAACUGUGGGGACGGGUCUAUGUCACUUCUCAUUUUUCACAUUUCUGGUUUUAUUUCUCAGUUAGGCGUGAGACCUUUGUUCCGAUGUCUAUCUAGCAAACUGAAAAAUCAAUCACAGAGAGACAUUAAUGAAAGGAAAAGGAGCCACACAACAACCGUGACAUCAACAUGAACUUUGGUUUCUUCUUCACCAUCGCAUUUCUUAUUUUUAGCACAGUCAGCGGAUGUAAGGUAGACGUCCAACAGCCAACAAAGCUGAUAAGAAAAAAAGAGCAACAGUCCGUCUCUAUCCCAUGCUCCGUCACCGUGUCCAGCUGUCCAAAGAGCCUACCUCAAAUCUCUUGGUAUGUGUUCCGGAAAAACUCUCACUACCAGCUUGAUUUAAAAAGCCACUCAUUGAGGUACACACUGGAGCACCAGGGCCUGAAAAUCAGCUCUUUGUCAGAAGCAGACUCUGGGGUUUAUUACUGUGCAGCGGCUCUGCUGGAUGUGGCUCACAAUGGGGCGCAGGCAAUCGGACAGGGAACCACUUUGAAAGUCUCAGAGACGGGCUUAAAUGUCUCUCAAGCACUGUUGUUGACAUUGCUAGUCCUGCUGACUGUGUACAGCCUCCUUGUCCUGGUCAUCAUCAUCUGCAUAAAGACUGGACAAUUCAAAUCAGUCUUUAAAAGAAGAUGGAGUAAAAGUGAGAACAAGGAGGACUCAGCUAGGCAGCUAGGCUUCAGUGGAGUGGUGCAAGAACUGUCCAAGAGGAACUUAGUUGGUGGCAAAAUUCAGGCGUACUACAAAGUUUCCCAAGACAAGUCUACAGGUCUUCAGAAUAGGUACCAUAGUGAAGAUGUUUACCAAAAUCUUGAUGAGUGAAAGAAAACGAAUCCCCUGAUCCACACUUGUCCCGCUGAUCUGCAAAACCUGCAGCUUCCUGCAAAUCUAGAAGCUAUAAUUUUGGGAAAAGAAGUUUAACUUCAACAUAUUGGAUUUUUGCACUCAUUUAAAAAUUUGUCAUGUAGCAUAAGUGAUAAAAAAAUCAACUUGAUGUUGUAAUAUGGUGGUUGGGUGACCCAAGAUUGCGACAUGUUGUCUGUCGUUGACCUUCCUCUCACAAGUGUUUUACAAAUCACGUGAGCACUCUUGCUAUGUUUAACUGUAUUUGUUAAGUUAAAUGCUAAACCUCUUAACCCACACUGGCCUGAAGGGCGCGUUUAGGCAUGUCUGUACUUUUAAUUACCAUUGUUUUAUAAAAAAAAUAUUCAAUUAGCUAUCAUAAACUAUGCAUCAUUUGAAAGCUAAAACGCUCAAGAUUCAUCUUCUGUACUUGUUUUUUAAAUCAAUACACCAGAGAGGAAAGAAUGAAAUGAAAUGCUGAAGGACUGGCCAUUUAAUGUAUUGAUUGUAUUCAAGCUGCUGUGCAUGAACUGGACAUACAGUCGUUGUUAUUUGCAGGGUCAGCACCAUGACAGCACAUUUCAUUCUUACAUUGAAGCCAUUUUUUUUUUCUGUUGUCUCAGAUGUGGGGCAGAAUUGAUGGGACUGACUGUUUUUUGUUUUUUUGGCAAACUU